CGCACCACCUCAGCUCCCCGGGUCAAGCAGAACACUUACAUACACUACAAAUUCCUGCAGCUGGUGCUUGUGUACAACAGCUCCACUUGACUUGUCCCCGCCACGCUCGACUCGGAUAUAUCAUGCCCGCCUCCGACACCACGGACUCUCCCUCCCCCGCCCAGGCGGUGGCAAACCCGCAGGAGCUCCGCCUAGCCCAACGCGCCCUCACAAAUCUCCUUCCUACCUCCCCGUCCUCCCCAGCCCGGAACGCGUUUGAGCACUCGGACUCGGCAGUAGCUCUUCUCCAGUCCCUUGUAGCAUUUUACCAUCAGGAACGCAUGUGGGUCUACAGAACCCGCGCCCAUCUCGAGCUUGCCCUCGAUGUCAUGCCCUCCCCCUCUGCCCGCCAAAAUAUCUACUCUCCGUCCUCGGCAUCUUCUCCUUCUCAGACUCCCUCUUCAACCACGUCUGCUUCCAUCUCUUCCUCUACUAUGUCAACUCCUAUCAAAGAAGAGCCCACUUCUCCAACUCCCAUAUCCAAGUGGAUGCGUCGCAAGGAGAGUUUCGGCCUCCGCCUCGAGGGCAUCCGCCCCGUCAUGUCAGGCGGCGUCUCAAAGAAGCGUGCUUCCCGUCCCCGCACUGGCGUGUAUCUCCUCGAGCAGUUCGAGUCCAUGAUGAAGACACGCAUGGAGAGCUGCGAGCGCAUUUCCAACAUGGUCCGCGACGCGAACCAUGUCCCCGUCCCCGUGGGCCGGCACGUUCCAUGAAUCCGCUGCGCCCUUCCUCCAAAAUGACAUGUGCUCUCACGAAGCUGCCCUAUGCAGCGCAGAGGAGAAAAGUCGGACACUCCAUUCUAGACUCGCAGCAUGUCAGGGAGGCAUAUACAUGCGCGUCCCCGCGACGUCGCAGCAUUCGACCAUCACUAAUUUGUUUCAUGCAGCUAUUCCUCGGGCUAUCGUUUUCCACUUCGCGCCGGUUGCCGCGCGCCCUAGUUCCCUUAGCCUCCGCAUUUACGCGUCGCAUCGAAUCUCUUAUCAGUGCUUCAUGACAUAACUUAUCUCUAUCCAUCAUCAUGGGCUGGUUGACAUUGAAAUCGUCAUUACAUUGCCUGUACUUGCCACAACGCGUACUUCUCCCGUGUAUUACUAGAAGUCCUACCUAACGUUUUGCAUGCAUGUGUACUUUAGUCCCAAUGAGCCUGGCAGAAUCAGAAUAGACCCCAUAUACA